CACUUGCAUCUGCAUGAAAUGAUUCAUAGAGAUGAAAAACCUCAUCAAUGCGAUUUAUGUGAAAGAUCAUUUACUCAAAAAGGGAAUCUAAAAAGACAUUUCGAGGCGAAGCAUUGCAUUAAUAAAGAUUACAAGUGUAACGUGUGUGAGAAAGUUUUCGAAAAUAAGUGGAGUUUGAAUAUUCAUACAGCCACGGAACACUUUCACGACAUUGCAUAAAUAUGACCGAUGUUUAUCUACAUUUACUCAUCGUAACCACUUAAGAUUUGAUGUACGCACUGGCUAUUAUAUUUAUGUAUGACUAUUACUCAUGUACUAUUAUAAAUCGACAAACAAGAACUAUA